CAAAAUACAUCAAACACAAAAGUAUCAGUGGAAGUCGUUUCGGUAUAAUGUUGUGUGUAAACAAACUGUUAUUUAGCGUCAUGUGUCUCACGACAUUAAUGUCUAAAGUUUAUUCUGACAAAAAACUUUCGGCAUUUCAAUACAUUAAUAACUUAAAAUAUUCUCAACAAAGUCAAGGAUAUGAUUUAACUAAAGUCAGUCAUGAAACAUUUAAGUGCAUUUUAUAUACGUACAUUUCACGACCAAUACCUGGUGAGAUCAUAAACGAAGAUACGAAGACUGCUCAGUUUACGAUCGACUCAAAGGAAGUGAUAGAAGGAUUUAAUCUUUUAGUAUCAAACCAAGAAAUUACAAAUACCCAAAGGAAUCAACUGCAGGACGCAAUGAAAAAAUAUUUUAGUAGAAAUGUUAUAGAUCAGGAAAUAAUUUUUGAUAAAACUGAUUCAUCGAAGAUGUUGCCAUUUUUCAACAUUUCUGGAUUAAGCGUUGAGAAAAAAUCAUUGGAAAAGUUUAUGGACGCAAUAAUCAACCGGAUUUCUGAUUAUAAAUGUUUCGUUAAUAUUUUUGAGCUCUUGAAAAUCGAUUAUAAACAAUAUUACAUGAUUCACAAGAGGAAUCCUUAUGAAGUAUUUAAUUUUGUACAGACUAUAAUAUUCGAGAACAAAAAAAAUAAAUUAAUUACUAAAAUGCUCAUUAAAAAUGAGGAAAAAAAAUUUAAUUAUCAUUCAAGUAUAAAAACCGAAACCGAAAAUAUGUGCAAAUUAGUUAUUAAACUAUAUCAAUAUUGUGUUGAAUAUAGUAUAUUUCUUGCUAACGACAUUAGAGAAGAAAGGAAUAUCACGAAUAAUAAAUUUGCCGAAGAAGUGUCAAAUAUUUUUUAUUGCAUCUUGAAAACUUUGCAAAAUAUAUAUAACAAUUAUUACACGAUUCAAGAUCGUUAUCUGAAUGAACUAUUAAUGGAAAUCAUUCCUGUUUUGGAGACCAAAAGAGAUGAGGCAAGUGAUUGGAAAAAUCUAAGCAAAUUUGUACAUAUUCGGAUUUUAUUUGUUAUUAUGACAGCGUUAGACAAGUACGGACUUGAAGCUUGUAAUAACGAGAAAUAUGAUCAUUUUAUCUUUAACAAUAUCGAUUACGAUACAACAGGAGAACAUCCAAUUAAACAUCAAGAAAUAAUAGAUAAUUUGAAAACGUUAAUUAACUUAGCACCUCAGCUUACCGGAAGUAUCACCUUACCUGAUCUUAAUUAUUCUUUUAAAAAAAUAAAAAAUAAUAUUUUAGAAAAUGAACUAUUGACUGGUGAUAGAAAAAUAAGGUUGUACUGGAGAGGAGAGCUAAAAACUAUUGAUGAAAUUUUUAAAAACGUUGAAAUUUACAUUUUGAACCCUUUUUACGUGCAUGCAUUGUAUGAUGUUUAUUUUAAAUUUUUAAUGGCAAUUUUGUACUAUGAAUAUAGAAUAACUAUAGAAUAUGUUCAAUGGAAUUAUGCAUUAAAACCAUCAGAAAGAGAAAACUUUGCAACUUAUUUCAAUAAUUACAAUAUAAAGUAUCCGAAUUUUGGUGAAAAUAUUCAUCCUCAAAAAUUGGCAAAGGCUUAUAAUUUAUAUUUAAAACGUAUUCAAGUUACAGUAUAUACGGAAUUCUACUACAUUCCUAAGUCAAUUGAUUUUAUAAAAAUAGAAGAUACAAUUCGAGAAUUUGGCAUAGUUAUAGAUUUGGUAUUACCAAAGAGAGAACUUAGCUAUUCCCGUAGAGUAGAAGAUAAUAUUUCAUCUGAUAAUUGGCUAAAAAUACAACAAAACAUCAAAAAAACUAUUAAAAAAUAUAACAAUAUCUUUGAUAACAUCAAUAAAGCAUUAACAGAUGCUACAGACGAAUUUUUGAAAUUCAGAACAUUUUAUAAUACAUAUAUUAAUUGGGAAGUACCUACUACACCUACUACAGCAAAAUAAUGUUUCAUGAUUAUAAUAUUCAAAAUAGUUUCGUUAAUGUUUUUUUGGUAGUUAAAUGAAACAUGAAAUUAAAUGAGUUUCAUUGUAUUAUAAAAAAAAAGAAUCAUACUUAUGUAUUACUAAAAUAGACAUGAUAAGAAGUAAUUUCAUAAAAUAUUCACUGCUUUACUUAUAUACCUUUAUAAAAUUAUAUUAAUUAUAAUACGUUUUUUUUUAAAAUUCAAAAAUUAACUGAACUAAUCAUUUAAGAAUAAAUAAGUUAGGAAAGGUGUGUAUGAUAAACUACCAUUUUCUAAACAUACUAUAAAUAAAUAUAUAUUACAAUAUCAAGAUUGAAUUAUAACUAAAAUAUAUCAAAUAUCUAUAAAUUGUUAUUACAUAGCAUCCGUUAUUUUGCGACAUAUCGGUUAAUAAUAAAACUGUUUUUAGAGCAUAAUACAUGGACACAUUCGAGGCACUCGUUUCCGAUACUUGAUAAGUUGUAAGUGAUCAUUAAAUGUCUCAAAUUUAAUUCCGCGACAAGCAAAAAUAUAAUAUCUGUAUUGGCGAUUCCAUUGGCGUGUGUGCCGACUAUUAAUUGAAAUAACAACGAUAGGAAGUAAUAUUCACGGUGAAAAAUCAUAUUAUCAAAAUUGUGUUCGAAGUAUAAGCUGAGGAGAGUGACGUAUAAAAACAGCACUUCGACCAAGCUGUAACUAAAGGUUUUAUAGUACUACUUUUAUCGAGCCAUUAAACUAAUUAAACAGUUCAAAACCUAACGACGAGGUAUAGGAAAUGAGUUAACCAUUAUUAGAACCAGAAAAUCCCCUGUACGGUAUCAAUCGAUAGAUUUUAGAAAACGUUAAAAUACUACAUUAAUAUAAUUUAUAUUUCAAAACAAUUUAACUAUAUUUUAAUAAACUCUCAAGAUUGAUGCGCGAAGCAAACUUACCUUAAUACUUUUAGUGCGGAGAUGCACAUUUUUGCUUGUUUGUUUCCUGUUUCUUAAUUGGCAUUUCGUUGUAUUUAUUAUUCUUAGACCUUAAGUUAAUCAUAUGUAAACAAUAUUGUAACUAAAUAAUAUCU